ACUCCGCGCCCAUUGGCAAAUCUAUCAAAUUCGGGCUCACUUGGUCGAAAAACCUCUACGCGCGUGUCAUGUUCCGUGCAUGUCGGGAACUUCUGCACCAUUGGCGCUUGCGUAUCUCCCAACGAUAGACAUCAUGAACGAGAUAUCACGACUCGGCAUUGA